AUGAAUGAGUCGAGAACCAGCUCACGAUACGUAUUGCCCAGUACAGCGUUGCCACUGAUAUUCGUAGGUCAUGCGAUGAUGCGUAACCGUGCGGUGGGCGGUGCUCUUCGCGACUAUGAAAAGCCAACGCCCUGUGAUCCCUGGCUUCUACAUACUGUACCUUAUGAAACGAGGUCUGUUUUCGGUCGUGGACUCGUGAUGAUACGGGGCAGCAUCAGGGUUCGUGAAGCACAACACGGCACACCGCUGCGCGCAACUCGUGCCGUUACACACAAGCCCACCCGUUCCGUCGCAUCAAAUCCACCCAUCCCGGCCCGGGCUCGUGCAAGCCCAGAACGGGCACGUCUUUUCCACUUCAUAAUCAUCCCUCCCCGUCUCACACCACCCUCCCCCAACGCGCGCCCCACGCGGUGCCAGGGCACGCACGCACGGCCACCAGCGUCAUUGUCGUCGUCGUCGGUCACCGCACCUCUCCCGUGCUUGCUUGCCUGCCUGCUCCUUGGCUUCCCGAUUCGAGCCCUCCUCGCACCCCGGUCUCGCAACCCGAGAUGCCUUUCUGCCGGGGGCCACAGGGGGGUCCGCGCCUUUUUGACGGGCGGCCUGGGGAUGGCAUGGCAUGGCAUGGCAGGGAGGGAUGGGAGGGCGCGACCCGGCCUGGCCUGGGCCAGGCUCGGCCAGGCUGGGCUCUCGGCCUCGGGGGGGCUUGGGGCUGGGCUGAUGUCGGGUCUCGCCCUGAAGGCUUGGCUGGGCCGGGCUGGGCCAGUCCAUUAG